UUUUAUGAACUACAUGGAUAUUCUAUAUAUAUAUAUAGAAUAUAUAGAAUAUCCAUGUAGUUCAUAAAAGACUGUAUGUAUAUAUACGACACUGCAUGGUAGAUGGAGACUGAACAGUACAUAUGAUAUUUCAUACAGUAGGAAUUUAUUGUUUUAUUCCAGCAUCAACAUUCAGCUGCUCUGAAUUAAUUUUCAGAUAUUUCGCGAGCAUACCUUAAAGUACGUGUAAUGGGUGGAGCGCAUUCUAGACCAUCAAAUGCCGCAGUGCCUCUUGAAGAAAGGUACAUGGCAUGUAUGGUGCUUAGCGGCGCGGGUGAUGCUCUUGGAUACAAAAAAGGCAAAUGGGAGUUUAAUUUUUCCGGCCCCGAAAUCCACCGAGAGUUGAAAGAACUGGGCGGUCUUGGAAAUAUUCAGGUGAACAAAGACGACUUUCCGGUCAGCGAUGAUACGGUCAUGCAGCUUGCCUUGGCGGAAGCUUUGGUCCAAGGUAAGAGAGGUGAAGAUUUAUACAAAGAAAUUUCAACUAAGUUUCAAGAAUGCUCUAUGGAUAUGGGCGGCAGAGCUGCCGGUCAAACUUGCAUGGAUGCCGUCUACCGUAUGAAACAGGAUAGGUACAUAAGUUACAGGAUACCCUUCAAUGCAAAAGGAGGAGGAUGCGGGGCAGCAAUGAGAUCCAUGUGUAUUGGCCUUCUGUUUCCUCGCCCGGAGGAAAUUCAAGAUCUAAUUGAGGUCAGCAUCGAGUCGGGGCGGAUGACACAUAACAAUCCAACAGGUUACCUCGGAGCACUAGCUUCGGCAUUGUUUACUUCCUACGGGAUACAACAAAAACCUUUGGUUGAGUGGGGAAAAGGUUUGAUGGACACUCUUCCAUUGGCUAUGAGGUAUAUUGAAGAAACGGGUUUUGAUGUUGAAAACAACAAAAAACAUUGGGACUAUUUUACGGAUCAAUGGACAAAGUAUUUAAAAUUAAGACAAAUAAGCGAUGGGAAAUCUAAACCAGUAUUUCCAUGGAAGUACGGUGUCAAGGAAAGAGAUGAGUUCUAUAAGUCCAUCAGUUUUGCUGACCAUGGCGGAAAUUCCGGACACGAUGCUCCAAUGAUAGCCUAUGACGCGAUUCUCAGCCACAAUGGAACAUGGACAGACCUUUGUCAUCAUGGAAUGUUCCAUGGCGGAGACAAUGACAGCACUGGUGUAAUAACCGGAGCGUUAUUUGGGGCAUUGAAUGGAUUUAGUAGUGUCCCUGAGGGGAAUUACAAGAACUUGGAAUACAGGGAUCGUCUAGAAAAUAUUGCCACACUGCUGUUUGAAAUGAACCAUAAGGAUGAAGCGAAAACAAAAUUAGAAGAACCGAAAAGUAUUCCAGGGGAGGCACAGCAAAAUUGUGAAGACACUAAGAAUCUUUCAGGAAAGGCGACUGCAGAGUCAGGAGAAACAAAGAGUCCUACAGGAAAGGCAACUGAAUAGUUAAGUGAAACUAAGAGUCUUCCAGGAGGGACAACUGCAACGUCAGGAGAAACAAAAAUCUCCAGAAGGGGCAAUGCUGACGCCCAAGGAAACAAACCGUUCUGAAAAAGAAAUAACGGCAACAUCGGACGGAACGUUGCCAAAUGAUAGCCAACAACAAGUAGAUAGCAGUGUCAAUAUUGCGUAAUCAGCUUCAAACAGUAAUCAAUAUACCGUAACAGAGACGGGAAAGUAAUGAUGAACAACAUAAAACUCUUGUUUAAAUAAACUGUAAGCGUAAAAUAUAGCUUAAAUUAGUAAAUGUUGUAUCUAUGUAUGAUUGCGUCUUAAUUACAUACAUGUACAUAGUAAUAAGAAAGAAUUUACGGCGCCUUUUGCAACGACAAGCGUCUACUUGUUAAUACCAUCAACGCUCUUUAUACUGACGGACUGUCACAUAUCUGAGUGUGAGUGUACAACUAUAAUAUGUGGAACAAAUUAAUAUCAAUUUAAAUGUGCUCUGCUCGCAUCAUCUGUAUUUAUAUCUUCAACAAAAUUAAUGUAUGUUAGUAUUUUCUUUUUUGUAAAAGAAUGCAGCUGUACAUACAUGUAUAAUAUUUAAUUUAUUUAUGUUUGCAUUUAUGCAUUGUAGCUAUGUCUACCUCUUGACAGUGAAUGGAGUAUAGAACAAAUCGGUGUUAUAAAAGAAGAUAAUUUAUUGCGAUAUGUAUUGUAGUAUGUUCAAUGUCGCUAGUAUAAUGCUUAAAGGCCGAUAUAAUUCCAAUAUUUUCAUACCAAUUAAAUGAUGGCAAAACUAACAUUUUAUAGCUUAAUCAAGUGACUAAUGCCCCUUUAACUUUUUUCUGAUUUAUCAACCCUAUAUAUUAUUACAUUUUAGUAAUACGAAAGAAAAGCAAAAACAUUUUUGCAAGGCAUCAUAUAACAUCGUGAAAUAGAUAUUAUAAUAUAUUGUUUAGUAAGAAACAGAAAUAAAUAAACAAGCCUUUGGUAGCAAUAUUUUUAAUAACGCUAUAGAGCUAAAUUUCUAAAAUGUUCUCUUUUCGUUUCGCUGUUUUUGUUUUGUUGAAAUACACUUUCAA